AUGAUAGUCUCUGAUGUAGCAUUAGAGGCUUUCCCCACUGACUACUUUAGGGCUCAAGCAGAAAGAAAUAAUACUCAGAUGUAUGGGAAUGAGCUUCGAGAAAUGUUUCCAGAGACAAUGAGAGCGAAUGGGCAUAAAAACAGAAGAUGUACCAGACUGACAACAGUGUUUUUGAAUAGAACGAGGUCUUAUUACGCUUUUAUUGAGGAAGAACGGGUAAAUGACGACUUCAGAAUCACGAUGAAUGGGGAUCAGGGUUUUCAUGCAAUGGAUAUUGAUCUCUCCCCGAGUGAUGAUGAUGAAGAUCACAAUGAUGACCAGAAUGAUGAAGAGGAGAAUCAUGAGGAUCCAGACGGUCCAGAGGGCUCGGACAAUGGACCACCAGAUGAUGGCCAAGAGGAGGACCAGGAGGACAUGGAGGUGGAGCACAGAUUUGGUAAUGGCUUUCUUAAUGACGGAGGUCCUCAGGAAAAUGGUUUUCAUGAAGGAUCUGCAGCUUCCUCUCCACUAGGCUCUGCGGCUAAAGGUAACUCACCCAAUAGUGUGCUCUCUUUUCCUUCUUUUAAUGUAUUACCUCGAGACAUGUUGCCUAAUCACAGUAUGCUAGAGCUAACACAGGAAAACUUCUCACCUUUAAGUAACCUGAUAUCUACUGAGGAUCAACUUCAGGAGACUAAUGGUUUGGAGAAUUUUGUUGGUGUUGUUUCAAAUGUUGAUCCUUCUGUGUUAGUUAAUAGUCAGAUUCCUAGAAAUUCGAAUGUAUUGUCAGUGGAGGAACACAGUGCUGAUGUACCGUCUCCUGGUAUAGGGGAUUUAAACACUAUAGCUGAGGAUAGGGAGUUAAUUGCCGAUCAAGACACAUUGUUUGAUAUGGAGAAUGAACUGGUGGUCAAAGAAGUGGAGGCAGAGAGUCUAGUAGCUCCACAGAUGGAAGAGGCAGAAGCACAAUAUCAACUGGAAGAACAAGCAGCACAGUACUUCAGCAGGCUGCUAGUAGCUGGUGAUGAAAUUAACAGCAUGGAGAAGGCCAUUAUUCUGUCUUGGCCACAAUUGGGGGAGAGGACUGAGAAGAAGGUGAUUGGGAUCACAGAACAUCGUCAUGAUAGUUCUAGUAAGAGACAGGGAAAGGGGAUACAGGAAGCAAAGACUCUGGUGGGGAGGAACUUUAAGUGGCAAGGAAUGAGUUUCAUGGCUAGGAAAGCACAACAGAAGCGAGGAAGGCAAAUGCUACUGUAUCAGAAGGAGCUAAGGAUCAAAGGAACUUUAGCAACAGAUCAGUCCCUGACUGUGCCAAAUUAUCAGCCUCACAGGACCCUGGAGAGACUGAAGAAAUGGAAGAGACUGAUGGCCAAGGAAAAUAUGAUAGUGAGAAGUGAUGUGUUGGUAGGAAAUGAGGCCAAGGAGACUACUACUGUGAUCAAAAGACCAAGGGAGGUGACAGAAGAGGAGUAG